UAAACGACAGGCUUAAACUACAACUCUCCUGCAAUUUUGUCACACACACACACACUGUGUUAAGAUGGAGAAGGCAACAGUAAAGAAGAAGAAGCAAGUGCUUCUAUACUACUGUGUUGAAAUGGAAGAUGUUGCUCGCAAAAUCGCUUCUGAAUCCGACUCCAUUAUUCUCCACUCUAUUAACUGGAGGAGUUUCGCUGAUGGUUUCCCAAAUCUCUUUAUAAACAACGCACAUGAUAUCCGUGGGCAGCAUGUUGCUUUUCUAGCAUCUUUCAGCUCACCAGCAGUCAUCUUUGAACAGCUUUCUGUGAUAUUCGCACUUCCAAAGCUGUUUGUCGCCUCAUUUACACUUGUGUUACCUUUCUUCCCAACUGGUACCUUUGAGAGGAUGGAAGAAGAAGGAGAUGUGGCCACUGCAUUUACAAUGGCCAGAUUAAUAUCAAAUAUUCCAAUAUCAAGGGGUGGUCCGACCAGCUUAGUUAUCUAUGACAUACAUGCAUUGCAGGAGAGGUUCUAUUUUGGAGAUAAUGUGCUGCCUCUGUUUGAGACUGGAAUUCCGCUGCUGAAGCAACGGCUUCAGCAGCUUCCUGAGUCUGAAAAAAUAGUUAUAGCCUUUCCUGAUGAUGGAGCUUGGAAGAGGUUUCACAACCAAUUAGUUGACUAUCCCACUGUUAUCUGCACUAAAGUGCGUGAAGGUGAUAAGAGAAUCGUCAGGCUAAAAGAGGGUAAUCCUGACGGCUGUCAUGUGGUCAUUGUUGAUGACUUGGUCCAGUCUGGAGGUACCCUAAUCGAAUGCCAGAAAGUUUUGGCCGCUCAUGGUGCAUCAAAAGUUAGCGCUUAUGUGACUCAUGGAAUUUUCCCAAAGCGGUCAUGGGAGCGUUUUCUCCACAAGAACGACGGUUCAGAGAAAGCAUUCACUUACUUUUGGACCACAGAUUCAUGUCCUCAUACUGUGAAAGUUGUCUAAUCAAGCUCCGUUUGAAGUUAUCAGUUUGGCAGGAUCAAUAGCUGAUGCUCUUCAAAUCUGAGAACCUUAGACAGGAUCAUUUAUAGUGGAAGAGUGUUGAAAAACUUGUUCGCUGACAUGUUGUAAGGGAACUUAUAAGUUGGAAUUGCUGAGACAUUUCCUGUUGUAAUGGGAAACUUGCCUUGUUGCUUACCUUUGCCAACUGAUUUCCUAAUGAACAGGCAGAGUAUGCUUGCGCUAUAUAUUAUGCAUAUGCAUGGUCUUAGAAAAAUAUGUUCUUAUCAACACUGUAGCCAACAUCAAAUUACAAGGAUACAAUAGUUUCUUA